GGCGGUGCACAAGCGGUGUAUUCCGGUGAUAAAAUAGAGCCACAAGCAGCCAGCGAGCAGGUCAGAGCGGAGGAAUUCGGUGAAAACGAAAGCCGAGUCUCCUGCUCACAGUUACCGCUACCACGAAGAGCUCCGGGGCCGGGUCCAUGAUAGCUCAGCAGGGACACAUCUUCAUCUCACGUGGCGGGGCAUUCUGGAAGAGACGGAGACACCUCGGGAGGAUGUCCCACAGGGCGAACCGGGAGUGAAAAUCUUCUCAGCAAGAUGUGAGAUGAUGCGGGAGAAAAUUGCGACGGAGGCCAGCGACAUGGUGUUGGUCCGAAGCUCGCACGGCCGGAGCCGGGCCAGAGUGACUCACGCCGUGGUGGUGAUCUUCUUGGAGUUCUUUGCGUGGGGCCUGCUCACCACGCCCAUGCUGACCGUCCUGCACGAGAUGUUUCCUCAGCACACCUUCCUGAUGAACGGCCUGGUGCAGGGGGUCAAGGGUUUCCUGUCGUUUCUGUCGGCUCCUCUGAUUGGUGCUCUGUCAGACAUCUGGGGCAGGAAGUCCUUCCUCCUCAUGACAGUGUUCUUCACCUGCGCCCCCAUCCCCUUCAUGAAGAUCAGCCCCCGGUGGUAUUUCGCUCUCAUCUCAGUCUCCGGGAUUUUCGCGGUGACCUUUUCGGUGAUCUUUGCCUACGUCGCCGACAUCACAGAGGAACACGAGAGGAGCACUGCCUACGGACUGGUCUCGGCGACCUUUGCGGCCAGCCUGGUGACGAGCCCGGCCAUCGGGGCCUACCUGUCUGCGCAGUACGGAGACAGCCUGGUGGUCCUUGUUGCCACGGUGAUUGCUGUGGCAGAUAUUGCGUUCGUGUUCUUCGUCGUCCCUGAGUCGCUGCCAGACAAGAUGAGGCUGACGUCCUGGGGGUUUCCCAUCUCCUGGGAGCAGGCCGACCCCUUCGCCUCUCUGCGUCGGGUGGGGAAAGACACCACGGUGCUGCUGAUCUGCGUCACCGUGUUCCUGUCCUACCUGCCUGAAGCCGGCCAGUACUCCAGCUUCUUCCUCUACCUGCGACAGGUGAUCGAGUUUUCUCCAGCAGCCAUCACCGGCUUCAUCGCCAUGGUGGGAAUCCUCUCUAUAGUCGCUCAGACGGUCUUCUUCGGGGUUCUGAUGAGGACCAUCGGUAAGAAGAACACGGUUCUUCUCGGCCUGGGCUUUCAGCUGUUCCAGCUGGCCUGGUACGGCUUCGGCUCCGAGCCGUGGAUGAUGUGGGCAGCAGGAACUGUAGCAGCCAUGUCUUCGAUCACCUUCCCAGCAAUCUCUGCUCUGGUGUCGCACAGCGCCUCACCCGACCAGCAAGGUGUGGCUCAGGGGAUGAUCACAGGUAUCAGAGGCCUGUGCAAUGGUUUGGGGCCGGCUCUCUACGGCUUCAUCUUCUUCCUGUUCAACGUGGAGCUGAACGAAAUGGAGACGAUGGCAGGAAGAUCCACAGCGAGCACACAGAAGCUGGUCGUCCCGGGCCCGCCCUUCCUCUUCGGCGCGUGCAGCGUCAUAUUUGCUUUAGUUGUCGCCUUCUUCAUCCCUGAGCACCACCAGCUGGCCGAAGUCAAGACCUGCACUGCCAACAAGGCCGACAGCAGCUCCGCCGCACACGCUCAGAACGGCAGCCCUCUCUCCUUGCCCGUCAGCGACACCGAGGACCUCGAGCCGCUGCUGCAGGACAGUGUCAUGUGACUCGUAGGCAGUCUGGCCAAUUACAGAACAGAGUCCUGUCUGCAAGUCCCACCCCCUGUUAAAAAAAACAAACCCUCUCUUCCCGUGAUCCAGACUGUCGGGGAACGUUAGGCGGCGGCCUCCCCGGCAAACUGCUUUUUAUCUCACUGACAUCACUCACCUGUGACACCUCCCAUUCUUUGCCCAGGUGUGUUUGGGCAGGUAGAACCAAAGGGCUUUGAAGUCUUGCCUCAGUAAGAGUCGAGAUCUCACCGUUAAAACAGAUCAGCAGAAGUAAAGUGGUCGUGUAGUCGUGCAGGAUCGCAUCGUUUUACUUUACGAGCCAAUCACAGCGAGGACGGAACCACAGAAGCCAAAGCAACUGACAGCAGCCUCCCAUACCUGUCGGUCAGGUCUGUACCUGACUCCACACGUCAGGUUCGCAGAGCUGAGGCCAUCAAAUGCUCCUCGCUGUACGGGCCGUAAAAGCUGACACUCUGACAAGCUGACAGUUUUUUUUGGGGGGGGGUUGUUGUUGUUUGGACCAGAGGGUGAAUCGUGGCGAGGACGAGGAGGUUGGAGCUGUUCGGGAUUGUGGGAUACGAUACCAAAUCAUGAUGAGAUCCAGGUGUUUGUUUUCUGUCUGGAUCUAUUUGCGCUCAGACUUCCUGUCACACAGAGCAUGUGCAAACUGACUGGCUAUGAUGUCAUCGCCCUCUCCCAUCAGGAGUUUGUAUAUUUGGGAGAAAUCCGAGUAAAUAAACGGCGUGAAGCUGGAGGCGUCAUUUAGCUCCGCCUCAUUAUUUCAUCAUUUGGUCUCCCAGUUUAAUCAAUCAGGCUUUUAAUUUACUAAUGUGGCGUUUUUGUUUUGAGCUGCAGGUGUGGUCGUUUUGUUUCAGUGUAGAUUUUCCUGCACUGAUCCAGGAAACUGGACUCGGUUUGACCCGACUUCAAAUCAACAUUUAAAUGCAUUUUAUGUAUUUAUUUAUUUUGUCAUUUUUCGUCUCAGCCCUGAUUUCAAACCUCCGCCCUACAGACGGUCUCAUGUUUUGCCUCCUCCCGUCCUGUAGAGGGCGCUGUACUGCUCUGUUUUAUAGCCUCAAGCUGGACGAAGUCUGCAGGGUCGGAGUUUUUACAGCGUGGAUCAAGUUAAUAUCAAAGAUUUCACUGAAAACCGAGUUUUCCCUGAGCCACAGUGACCAGUGACAGUUUUAAGGACAGAGAGCACCACCUGGUUUUCGCCAUUGCUCCUCCCACAAUCUGAACCUCUGCAGGUCACCACCACCACCUCCUCCUCCUCCUCCUCCUCCUCCUCCUCGUCUUCUUCUUCUGUUUUAAUACUUGAAGUUUGUUUCUGUUUGACCUGAAAGUGCUCUCCCCGUCCGCCUGCCCCUUCCAGGUCGGACAAAUCAAACGCUCCAAGUUACUGAUGCAGUUUGAACCUUGGCGGUCCCGAGGCGGGCUGCUCACAAACCAACCGGUGCCGUGUUUUAUUACUCUUUUGUGCUUAUUUUGCCUUUUUGUUACAGGCUGUAUUUCUCAGAAGGUCAAUAGAUCGGUUUAAAAAACCUGAUCAGUCAUUUAAGUCGAGUUUUCUCCCAGUUCAGGUUAAAAACCAUCGCAUGUGCGCUCUGUGCAGGUUGUCACGUUUGCCCCGUAAAGCUUCAGCCUUCAUGAUUGGUUCAUGUGAUGUAUAAAUUUCUCUCUAAAUCCAGACUUGGAUUUUUGUGCACAGAGCUCCGGCGCUCCUGAAGGUCUCUUCAUGUCCAGUUUGAACCAGUGAAACCAGUUUCAGAGCACAUGUGGGGCUCCAGCUGUUGCUUAAAGACAGAUUAAUGAAUCUUGUGAACCAGAGCACAGGUCAGGUGCGUUUACCUGCACAGCCCGGCUACUGUAAGUGGAAUAUAACCCGUGCUGCAUUCAGGCUCUGUUUCUGUGUGGGAGAUGAUAGUUUUUGACAGUUUAAAGUGACCAAAGGUUCUCUGACAGAUGACGUCACCUUUGAGUGGUAGUUCUUCCUUCUUUUUUUUUUUCCCCUGAAUGCAGCAUGAACGUUGUCAUGGCUACAGGAACGCCUGAUCAUCCUGUUGUGACGAUGAUGAUGUAGCUCAGAAGCACAAUCGACUGUUAGAGAAGCUCUCGGCUUAAUAACCUUUAAUCUUUUAACCCUUAACGCCCACUUGCCGAUGAUGUCAGAUGGUUCGUUUUCCUAUGCUCACCGAGUGUCCUCAAAUGCCUCAUGGAGAGUCUUGGAUCCCACAGUAGUUUGGCCGAGUACUGAAUGCCUUUCUGUCUGGAUUAUCUUUAGACUCAGUCCAAUUUAAAACUGGAUCAUUGGAAAUUUUUUUUGUCUUAAGUUCAGAAAUUCGUGUCCUUCAUGUUGAAAUUCAGAGCAGAUUUAGCAAUCCGGCCUCAGACUGAGUGAUCCGGGCGGGUGACUCAGUCAUUCUUCCUGGGUCGAGUUUCCUGCUUUCCUCGGUUAAAUCUGACGAUGAGAUGAAUAUUCUGGAGAUUAGGGCGGCUGAUUGUUGACUCCAUGAUGAGGUUAAGAGCCGAGUCCCGGUUUCUGCUGUCAGAGCCGAGUCGCUCCAUCACGUCGUCAUCGUGUCAUAAAGUUUCCUGCUUUAAGUUUUUUUUAAUGAAUUUCCCCGUUGAUGAGUCUCUGAAACCGUUCAUGAAGUAAAACGUGACGUUUUUAAAUGUUGGCUUGUGUUUGGUCACACAGACGAUGGAGGCUGUAAAUCCUCCUCAGAGGCUUUUUUUUCUUUUUUUACGGUGAGGCGUGAAGGCUGACGCGCCAACAUGGCCGCCGCAGCGACUGACAGACAUUCCCAGAUGUUCCUCCUCUUCCUCCUCUGUGCAGACCUUUUGCUGAUUGCUGCACUUCAAUUUCUCUGAACGUGUGCCUGAAUCACUCGUGUUCAUAUCACUUUUAUAUUUAAACCGAGAGACGUCGUGUAUUUUGCUUUUGCUCUUUUAUCCUAAGAACAUAAUUUUGAAUAAUAUCUAUGAUAACGAGAAUAUUAAUAACAAUAAAGAGAAAUGUGUGACA